GAUAGAUAUUUUUUUGUACUCGCUUGCAACAGAGAGCCAGAGCCCGCAACUCGAAUCCAGUUCGUGGCUUAUCGCUAGCCAUUUCUGGGCGUGAUUUGUCUUAUUUGUUUUACUCUCGAAGCCGCUCGGACCGUUCGCUCAGACUGCACUAGUAUCGUAUGCAAAUGCUGGCCUGAACUAUUCAAUUAAACGCCCCGCAGCCAAAUGCCCGAGAUGGAGUCAAAUUUGUGCUCAUUCCAAAACGGCGAGCUUUGAAGUCAGAUAGCGCCACAAAUUUAGCGCUAAUUUGAUAUAUUUUCUAUUCAUAAAUGCUGCCCCGGACAUUAAAUUCAAUUUAACGAUUCAGGCGAUGCUCUCAAGCUAAGUCGUUGGCUGUCCCAAAUUCUGAAACAUGUAUCUAGGAUAUCCAGUAUCCUGUUCUCUCAGCGUCAAAGAUGUCUAUAGAAACUGGCAGCGCAGGGGAAGGAGUUUCGUCUCAGUUGUUAUGCCUUUGAAUUGGGGAUUUGAGUGUUUGCCGCGACACUAUUAUUGGGCCUGCAUUAUCAUAGAUAUACUCGUUUUGAUAAUUUAUCUGGAAGAUGCACGAGAGAAUAUAUACAUUAUACAGAGUAUACCCGUGCACUUUAGCUACCUUCCUUGUAUUGCGGUGAUGGUUCUGCUGCAGAUGGUUAGCCUCAUUCUGCUCAUUGUGGACGCCAUUCUGGUGUACAGGGUCAAGUUUAAUUACUCUGAAUUGUGGAUGGGCAUAUUCAUUGUUGUCGGUGUAUGCCCUCUAGGGCUGGGAACGUAUCUGUUUCAUGAUCUCUAUGACAUCUUCAGCGUGGUCUACAUGUUCAACACAAAUCAGCUAGGCGACACCGAAGAGAUGUACAAAUGCUGCGGUAUGCUGGGGCCCUCGGACUACAAUUAUCCAAAGCGAACGGGGCCGGACAGCUGCUAUCGGAACAAGACCGUCACCCACGACAACAUCUACCAGCAGGGCUGUGUGGGUGCUAUGUUUCCCGGCUGGGUCAUCUUCGUCCUGUGUAAUGCCUAUAUUUACACAUUCAUUAUGGUCAUCGUGCUGAUGGUGCUGCACUAUCGCAUGAAGGCCCUUUACCAAUUGAUCCGCGAGGAUGUGGAAAGGGGCACCGUUAGCCGCAGAAGCUUCUGGGUCUAAGCUCUAGACUAUAUGGAGUGCUGCCCCAACAAAUGUCCACCCGUAAUGAAACCGCAGCAGCACCAGCAGCGGCAGCAGCCACAGCCGCCCACGGCAUCCGGCGAGACUCUGGUUAGCCGCAGGGGCAGCGACAGCCACAGACACAGCGACACCGGUGCAAAUGCCUUUUAAUUUGUCAAAAGCCUAAAAUAUGAAAAUUAAAUGAGAAACCAAAGCAGUGUGUGCCCCCACGGACCCAGACAGUGGUUCGAAAUGGUAUGAAAAAU